AUGGUUCGCAACAUUCACAUUGCCGUUCUCGAUGUCGAUAUCCCAGCGCGCCGAUUGUACGAGGCACGGGGUCUUUGCAGUGCCCAUUUCCGUGAUAUUCUCAAAGAAACAGCUGCAACCUUGAACAAAACCAGCUCAGCCAUCAAUGACCCGAUCGAUAUUACCAUUACCCCAUAUGAUAUUCGUGGAGGACACUAUCCAGACUUUCACUUGCUGCGCGGCGAUGCGACUCAAGAGCAAUUCCCCGUAUACAAGCCCAUCGAUGCCGUCUUGAUUACUGGCGGCUCACCAGGAGUUUAUGAAAUGCCCGAAUCUCCGUGGAUGCAAGUCCUUGAAAAGUUCAUCAAGACCGUUUAUAACGACUACCCAGAGGUCCGACUCAUGGGCACCUGCUUCGGUCACCAGUUGAUCUCCCACUCCUUGGUGCGCGUUCCCAAUGACCCUGUUCGAGAUGUCUACGUCGAGAAGUGCCCGCUUGGUCGUGAAGUGGGAGUCUAUACCGUUCAACUGGAGAAUGAGUUUACCAAAUACUUCCCUUCUGCGCUUGGCCACCUCCCUGGAGGCCAACUUCGCAUUCAAAUGUUCCACGGUGACCGUGUGAUGGCUGUGGAAAAAGGACAGACUGUGACAUUGUCCGAUAUGCCACCAGUCUCCCUCCCUGCUCCGUGGAUCAACAUUGGAAGCACUCCUAUCUGCCCUAUCCAGGGACUAUACAACCCAGGCAGAGUUCUGACCGUGCAGGGACACUAUGAGAUGGAUGCUUUUGCGACAUCGAAAAUGUGCAUUGAGAAUGCACCAAUUAUGGGAUGGAAGGAGUCGAAGUUGGCUUUGUUCUUGGAGCAAGUCGGACCUGACACCAAGGAGCGACGCGAUGAUGCUAGGGCAUUUGCGACUGCGGUUGUCUCCUUCUUGGCUGAUCUUGAGCAAUGA